UUAGUCCCACUCGUUCUUAUCGCCCAGCUUUUAUUUUGAUUCUGAGUUGGCAAUCUCGAGUGCUAAAUACAGAUAGACGAAAGAUAAACAUUGCCAACGAACUUUGGACGACGCUACGUCAUCAGCUAGACGGGUCUAAAGUCCAACUUGUUGCACCGAUCUUGUUGUUUGUGUUGUGUUUUGGAUCAGAGUAAACACAACACAUAUAUACAUAGGUUCUAAGGAACAGUUCAGUGCAUUUCUAGAACUCUUCCCAUUGAUAAACCGUUAUUAGCUAGGAAGGGAACAGAAAAUGUCGGCACUUUUGAAAAUGCACAGAGUCCAGAGGCUGUUCAGACCCUCCUUGGUGCGGAGCAUCUCGGAGGUGGCUAAAUAUCCCAGGAUCACCACCCACUAUACGCUUAAUCCCCGCGAGAAGGAUGAACGCUGGACAGAGGUGGACAUGGAGCGCUGCAUCGAGGAGGUGGAUCUGGUGAUCGUGGGUGGAGGACCUGCUGGCAUGUCCGCGGCCAUUCGGGCCAAGCAACUGGCUGCGGAAAAAGAUCAGGAAAUCCGCGUCUGUGUGGUGGAAAAGUCCGCUGAAGUCGGCGGACACAUUCUCUCUGGCGCUGUUAUCGAUCCCGUCUCGCUGAACGAGCUCAUCCCCGACUGGCAAGAGCAGGGUGCUCCGCUAAACACCCCAGUGACCAAGGAUACCUUCUCUUUCCUUACCGGAUCCGGCCGCAUCUCCAUUCCCGUCUUCAAGGGCUGGCCCAUGGAUAACCACGGUAACUAUGUGGUCCGCUUGGGUCACCUCGUCAAAUGGCUCGGUGAUCAGGCGGAGGCCUUGGGUGUGGAGAUCUAUCCCGGUUGUGCUGCUUCCGAAGUGCUCUUCCACGAAGAUGGCAGUGUUAAGGGCAUCGCAACUAAUGAUGUGGGCAUUGCCAAGAGUGGUGCUCCCAAAGACACAUUUGCACGUGGAAUGGAGCUGCACGCCAAAACGACCAUCUUCGCUGAGGGUUGCCGUGGUCACCUGACCAAGCAGAUCCAGCAGAAGUUUGGGCUGAACGAGGGCAGCGAGCCACAGGCCUAUGGAAUCGGUCUGAAAGAGGUUUGGGAGAUCGCCCCCGAGAAACACCAACCUGGUUUGGUGGAGCACACCAUUGGCUGGCCUCUGGACCGCUUUACGUAUGGCGGCUCCUUCUUGUACCAUUUGAAUGAGCCCACUCCCACCAUCGCUGUGGGCUUUGUGGUUGGUCUGAACUACAAGAACCCCUGGCUAAGCCCCUUCCAGGAGUUCCAGCGUUUCAAGACGCAUCCCAAGGUGCGCCACGUCUUCGAGGGCGCAACGCGAAUUGCGUACGGAGCACGCGCCAUCAACGAGGGCGGCUUCCAGAGUUUGCCACAGAAGCUAUCCUUCCCGGGAGGCUGUCUGGUUGGCUGCAGUGCUGGUUUCCUGAAUGUGCCUCGCAUCAAAGGAUCCCACUACGCGAUGAAGAGCGGUAUGCUGGCGGCGGAAAGUGCCUUUGAGGCCAUCAACGCAGACACACAAUCGACGGCUGGCGUGGAACCCACGAGCUACGCUGAAAAAAUCAAGGACUCCUUCGUGUGGAAGGAUCUAUACAGUGUAAGGAAUGUCCACCCCUCGUUCCACAAUCCUUUGGGCCUAUAUGGUGGCCUUGUGCUUAGUGGCUUCUCCAUCUUCAUGGGUGGUCGGGAACCCUGGACACUGAAGCACGGUCCUCAGGAUCACGAAUCCCUGCAACCGGCAAGCUCCAGCACUCCUAUCGUUUACCCCAAGCCCGAUGGCAAGAUCUCCUUUGAUCUGCUGUCGUCGGUGGCGCUUACGGGCACAAACCACGAGGGUGACCAGCCCGCCCAUCUGACGCUAAAGGACGACCGCAUACCGGUGGAUCACAAUCUAGCGCUGUACGAGGGACCCGAGCAGCGUUUCUGCCCUGCCGGCGUCUAUGAGUAUGUGCCCAACGAGGAAGGAGGCAAUAUGAAGCUGCAGAUCAAUGCCCAGAACUGCAUCCACUGCAAGACCUGUGAUAUCAAGGACCCCAAGCAGAACAUCAACUGGGUGGUGCCCGAGGGAGGCGGCGGCCCAGCCUACAACGGCAUGUGAAAGGAUUAUCAUCCCAGCCAAUUUGUGUACCGCGAUUGCAUUUCACUAGAUUAUAAAAUUGAGAAUUUGAACUUAUGAUUCGGAAUUAAGCUUAAAAUUGCAAUAAAAUUGUAGAAAAAGAAAAACGUCACGAAAAUCA